AUGAGGCUCAAAGUAGGAGAUGGAAUACAUCACUGCUUAGAAUUGACUUUGAUCCUUAGUAUCAACUUGUUUUUGAGUUCUAUUCUGACCAACAACACUGUCUGGCUAUUGUAUGCCAUGACUAUUUUUGCACCAGAAUGCAUCCAGUAUCUCAGACUACGACACUUUCGACAUGUUGAUAAGUCUCGGACAUAUCGACCACAGCAUCGACUACCCCACAAGCAGGUUGUUUUCGGUACUGCGUCGUUCCCGUCCGAGCUCGCAUCCAAAAUAUUUGAGCAUCUGAAUCAGCAUGAGCUACUGCAAGCUUCUCAGGUCUGUAAGAGUUGGAACGGUGUUGCCACUCCGUUGCUUUGGCGAAGCCCUCGAUUUUACCACAAAUUGGAUAAGCAAUUGUCGGACAUAUAUUAUACUCCAAUUCAAACCAUGUGGCCAACAUCGAUUUCCUUGGACAACCCUUAUUUCGUACACCAAUCACUAGACGCAACAGAGUAUCGCGAUGGGUAUGAUAUUCAAUUGGCGCUUGCUCAAAAACAAUUGGGCCAGUAUGCUCGACACCUCACGUUUGAAUAUCGCGAGAGCCUCGUAUGUGACAAUACUCUCAAUGAUAUUGCAAUGUACUGUACUUCACUUCAAAAUUUAUCGCUGGCUGGAUGUCGAAAUAUCACCGAUGCUGGACUUCAAUAUCUGUCCAAAGGCAAACUACAAUAUACCCUCAAUUGCAUUGAUCUCAGUGACUGUGUACUAGUAACGGAUGAAGGUGUAUCGCUGAUCUUGCAGCGGUUCCAUCGUCUACAAAAGGUUUCCUUCAAUGGCUGCACCGGAUUAACCAAUACGGGGAUCAAGACGUUAAUAAGACAUUCGGCAACUGAACAUUGGUCCUCUGUAUCCAGAUCCAGUUUACAGGAGAUCUAUCUACGCCGCUGUGCAAAUUUAAGCGGAAACACUAUAACAUACCUUGCCAUAACGUGUGGACCCUCAUUACAAGCAUUGGAUUUGGCAUACAGCGCAUAUAUUGGGGACAAAGAGGUCAGAGUCAUAGCGGAACAUUGCGUCGCCCUGCGCCAUUUAAGCCUGGCAAGAAGAAGCCCAUCGGAAAACGAAAUAGAGCUUGGGCAGAGUAGACCUGAUGCAUCAGAAACAAGCACGCCAAUAAACGAACCCACUUUAAUAGACAAAAAAGACGAAAUUAUAGAUGAUUCAAUAGAAUGCUUGGUCAAACGGCUACCACAGCUUCAAUAUCUUGACCUUUCCAACAUCACCUCCAUCACUAAUCAAAGCGUUGUCAGCAUCUCCAAAUACUGCCCAAAUUUAGUCACACUCAUUCUGGUAGGCUGCGACAUGAUCAACGAGGAAUCUCUUUUCUCACUAUCAGAAUUGCACCGACAGCAUGGACAAUUGGUUAAUAUUACGUUAGGUGGAACUACGGAGUUUCUUAAUAACAUUGUACAUAGCGUAGAACACGAUGAUAACUGGCAUGGCUGGACCCAUGGAUCGUCCUGUUCCAGUAAUUAA